AUGGAGCUAGCGCAUCAGGCACAUUGGGCAAUUAAAACGGUAAACGCGGAUUAUGACGAGGCGGGAAAGUUGAGAAAGCUACAAUUAAGCGAGAUAGAAGAAAUUCGGGAUGAGGCAUAUGAAUGUGCAUCGGCGUAUAAAGAUAAACUCAAGAAGGUGCAUGAUGCAAAAUUGCGAAAGAAAACGUUCGAAGUGGGUCAAAAAGUUUGCAAAUGGAUGGGCCCAUAUGUCGUUCGGAGAGUUGGGAGGUUUGGAGAUGUAGAUAUCCAAGAUGAGCACACGCUAAAACAACAAACGGUGAACGGUCACCGGCUGAAGCCAUACUUGGAAGGGAACGACAUCAAUAACUUGGAACUUGAUAAAGCUGGUUACAUCUUAUGCCCGGUUGACGAUGAGCAACCAUGA